UUGAUUUAUGGGCACGAGGCGAAGUAUGCAGUUUCAAAGUUUCAGAGGAGAUUCCCUGACGCAGCUCCUGUGUCGUCAUUUUGUGGAGCAACAACAACAGCUAUCGUCAUCGCCGUCGUAUUCGGUUCUUUCGAUGGAGUCCUCAGCAUCCAAUAGUGCAAGUGAGGGUUCGAACGCCAAGUACCAGUCCAGCAAUUCGCCAUCCAGCCAAAGUAACAUGUCCCCGCAGUCCACCAACAGUGACAACAGUUCGUACAACAUGCAAAAUUUGAACAUCUCUACCAGUUACCAUUACUACAGCCCACAGUCCGUUGGAGGAGAAGAUGGACAGCUUCAGACCUUCACCUACACAGCUCACGGCAACGCCUCCGAACCACAACGGAUCGAACUCUCGGUGCCACAUCUUGUGAUCCUGGAGCAGCCGGUGGACAAGUUCCGGUUCCGGUACCAAUCGGAAAUGCACGGAACCCACGGUUCCCUGAUGGGAGUGCGGACCGAAAAAAGCAAGAAAACGUUCCCGACUGUAGAACUUCGUGGCUAUCAGGGCGAAGCCAAAAUCCGAUGCUCUCUCUUCCAGGUGGAUCCAUCAAAACGGGCCGCCCAUUCCCAUCACCUGGUCAUCAAAAGUGGCGAGAUCGAUCUUGUGGAUCCGCACGAUAUCGAAGUCAAUGCAGAAUCCGGGUACGUGGCCAUGUUCCAGGGCAUGGGCAUUAUUCACACCGCCAAAAAGAACAUAGCCGAGGAGCUGUGCAAGAAAAUCAAGAAACAUCGCUCGGUGGAGCUGAAUCGAGAUCUGACCCUGAGGGAGGAGCACCAGAUGCACAAGGAGGCGGGCGAGAUGGCCAAAUCGAUGAACCUGAACCAGGUGUGUCUGUGCUUCCAGGCGUUCCAGGUUGAUCCGGUGUCCGGCCACUGGACCCAGCUGUGCGAGCCGGUUUACUCGAAUGCCAUUAACAAUAUGAAAAGUGCUCUCACAGGUGAAUUGAAAAUCUGUAGACUAAGUGCCACGGCCGGUAGCGUAGAUGGUGGAGAGGAAGUCUUCAUGUUUGUUGAAAAAGUUUGUAAAAAUAACAUUAAAAUCCGAUUCUAUGAAUUGGACGAAUACGAUCAGGAGAUCUGGCAGGACUGGGGUAUGUUCUCGGAGGCGGAUGUGCACCAUCAGUACGCGAUUGCGUUCAAAACCCCGGCGUAUCACAACAAGGACAUCACCGAACCGGUCGAGGUGUACAUGCAACUGUUCCGACCCCGAGAUAAAUGCCAAAGCGAACCGGUACCGUACAAGUACAAACCCCGUCCAGGGAUGGCCAUUUUGCCCAGUUCGUCCCGGAAGCGGGCACGGGUUCAUUCCGGGAAUAUUUCUGCGGAAAUUCCAACGGUGGUUCCCAAUGACAGUUUGGCUGGAACCAGUCGGCUGCCGCCGAUGCAUCAACCUUUUCCGAUGGUUGGAGACACUGGAGGUCAAAUGGGGUCCGAUACAAAUACCAUAAGUAAGGAGUUCAACAAAGCAGGUCUCAUUCAGGAGAUCAUCGAUAGUCAGAUCCCGACAACGAUUGCUGGAGAUAUUUCUUUUAGUUCCAGCGAUUUUAAAGAGUUUGUCAACUGCAAUUCCGAAGAUCUCCACAAGCUCAUAACGGAAAUCAGCGAGGCUCAAGAGUUGGGCAAGCUGGAAACGGAUGCCGUUACAACGACGGUAAAUCACGUGGAUGGCGAAGCGGCCCGUUUCGAGCGAGCCCUGGAACGAUACCUGGACGAGCAUCGGCAGGCAGUGGAUGUGGACAUUUUGAAAAAGAUCCUGGCAAUCGUUCGGCUCUUCCGGAGGGAUUACGAAAAGUGCCGGGAGCUCAAGUGCCGGGAGCUCAUUUCGGCCCUUUGGAUGUCAUCGAAUAAGCAGAAAGCAAACUGUCUUCACAUGGCGAUCGAACGGCGUAACGCUUCCAUCAGUCGGCAUCUGAUUGAGCUGCUGCAAGCCUACCAGCUCCUUUUCCUGAUCGAUCUGUCCAACGAACGCUCCGAAACGGCACUGCAUCGGGCCAUCUCCGGAAAUGUUCCGGAGCUGGUUCAACUACUACUUGAGGCCGGCUCCAAGACCAAUAUUUGCGAUCAACGUGGUAACUCGGCACUGCAUCGAGCAGUCGUUGAGAACGCCGGCGAGAGUUUAGCGGUACUGAUCAAUCAUUGUAAACGCAUCGGAGCACGACUGGACAUAACGAACGACGAUGGCUGCACGGUGCUACAUAUGGCGGUGAUGCACAAAAAUCUCAAGUUGGUUCGAAUGCUGCUGGAAAAGGGGGCUUCACCGAGCCAGCGAGAUCUCAAACACGGCAACAACAUUCUACACAUCGCCGUCGAGAGUGGAUCAUUAGACAUGGUCAACUACAUUCUGGAGAGUGUGGACCCCUCGUUAGGUGUCGAGCCAAACAACGCCGGAUACACUCCGUUACAGCUGGCCAAUGCCAAACAUCACACCAAUCCGAACUACAAGCUGAUCGUACGGGAAAUGUUACGAUUUAAUCCGGCCGGUGUCCUUGAGAAAGAUUCCUCGAUCGACGAGGACGAAGACGAUUCGGAUCAGGCAAACGAAUCGGGCAUCAAAUCGGAUCGCAGCUCCCCAGCCGAGGGAAUCCUACAGUCUAUGAAUCUUACCUGCAAUCAGGUGGAGGUGAUACGGAUACUAGAGGAUCACCAUUCCCCUGACUCGGCAGAUCAUUCUAGCACCGAACUAACGCCCCUGAAGAAUGUCCCAUUCAAUGGGACCGAUCACCACCUGGUCGAGUGUCACGUCAGCUACCUUUUCGACGAGGAGUGUCUUACCGCUUUGUGUGAACUUCUGAACCGGAGUGGCAUGUGGCGAGAGCUGGGAUCUUUGCUAGAUUUCAAUGCAUUUUUUACCAUAUGGGAGCAAUCGGCCAACCCCACUGAAAUGCUGUUGAACUACUUUGAGAUGCAAGAGAUGAAGCUCGACCACCUGAUCAGCAUACUGCAGGUCCUGGAGCAGAAAGACGCCAUCAGAUGUAUCGAUGAGAUGGUCUGUCGACAGAUGAAGUAACAUGUAGAAAUCCUCCGCCUUGGUGUUUUCCUUUCCAAGGAACGCUGACAACCAUUACCCUGUUAUAUCGAAGCUCAAUCGUGAUUCUUAUUUUCGGUUAGGAGGUUUAAAAAACUGACCCAGUGUAUGAUACAAACGAAUAAGACGAACUUUUAUGAGACAGUAACAAUCAGUGCUAGUGAUACAUAGUGUUAAGAUUAUUUUCUGACAAUUUUUAUAUUCUGCUGUACCAAGUGCAUUCCACUUGUAAUGUUUUCUUUUUCGAAAAGAUGGUUUUUAUCAAACAAAAAUUCUCACAUAGAUAUUUUUUAAGUUUUAAAA